AUGUCGUCUCGUCUUGCUAGCCAUCUUGUUUGGCGAGAUACCAUCUUUGCCGAAGGUUUGCGGCAUGACUUUGUUCUGCACAGCAUAAUAGCUACGUCCGCCCUCCACAAGGCUACCCUCUUACCGAAGUCAUCCGACGCUUACGCCGAAUAUUCCAAAGUCGCUCUUGCUUAUCAGAACCUUGCCCUUGCCAGCUUCAUUCCCGCAGUUAGUAGGCCCAACGAAGACAAUGGUAUUGCACUUUUCACCCUGUCGCUGUUCCUGACUAUCUGGGCUUUUGCAUCUCGAAGAUUGCCAGAAGGCUUCAAUAAUGUCAAGCUAGAACUGUCCCACGGCGAUUCGUCUCCGGGCAUCUUCUGCGACGCCCAUACUCCAACUGCUCAGUUCAUCGAAAUCAUCAUGAUUGUGAGAGGCGUCUAUGCCGUCAUCCGAGAAACUGAUAGAUGGCUUCAGGGUGACAUUGAAGAGUUGCUACGCUACCCUCGCAAUGACGAGCUUCCACCGAAUUCUCCAGACAUUGUCGAGGCACUUGACCUACUUCAGAGAGCCGUAGACGACCCUCAAUUGAUGCCUAGCGGUGACGAGAACAAGACUUUACGGGAAUUGUACCUGCAACAGCUGCAAUCAUUGCGCGACAUUGCAAGGUGCCGAUCCGUCGUGGAGUGGGAUGGACACAUAUUCUCCUGGGUGAUAAUGGCACCACCGGCAUUUGUGGAUUGCUUGAAACAGGGCCAGCCGAUGGCCCUGGCCCUCUUUGCACACUGGGCAGCCGCACUGAGAUGUAUGGAUCAUCACUGGUGGGCGACGGGAUGGCCAUACAUUCUGGUAGCGGAUCUAGUCAAUGUCCUAGAUCCGACUUGGGACGCCAUCAUGGACUGGCCUAAAAAACAAGUGGGAUUGAAGUUUCAAAGUACUCCCGCGUUCGAAAAUCGAAGGCUUGGCUGA